CACCUGUCGGCAAAAUACAAAUAUUAUACCAAUACAAAAGCCCCCUGCCGCGCGCGCACCAGAGAGCCCACAGCAGACGCGGACAACAGAAGCAACAGAGGACUCUCAAACAUUACUAAACAAACACGAGCUACAGCUGGACAUUCAUUCAAUCUCGUCCUUCAGGAUGGCAGAUGCGGAGGAAAAAACCAAUACCUGCGGGACAAUAUGCCUCAAAUACCUUCUGUUCAUCUUCAAUCUUUUCUUUUGGCUGGCAGGUGGCGCUGUGAUGGCAGUGGGAGUAUGGACUCUGGUGGAUAAAAGUGACUACAUCAGCCUUCUGUCCUCCAACACCUACUCGGCCGCGGCCUUCAUCCUGAUUGGCGCGGGGGCCGUCGUCAUGCUCACUGGGAUACUUGGCUGCUGUGCCACCAUCAGAGAACAAAGAGGUCUUCUUAGAGUGUUCUUUGUCCUGUUGUUAUUAAUCUUCCUACUGGAGAUCACAGCUGGAAUUCUGGCUUACGUCUAUUAUCAGGAGUGUUUUCCUCUCUGCUACCAGCUGAACGCUGAGCUCAGAGCCGAUCUGAAAGAGAGGAUGGUGCAAAACUACCAGCAGCCUGGACAAGAGCAGAUCACUAGAGCCAUUGACAACCUCCAGCAAGAUCUGAAGUGUUGUGGCAGUAACAGCUCAGCAGACUGGAGGGAAGGGGCCUGGAUUCAGAUCUUUGCCGACAGACGCCUGGUGCCCGACAGCUGCUGUAAGACCCCCACAUUGGGCUGUGGAGUCAGAGACCACCCAUCCAACAUCUACAAAGUGGAGGGAGGUUGUAUAUCCAAACUAGAGGAGUUUAUUCUUCAGCAUCUGAUCAUUUUGGGCUCAGUGGGUCUUGGGAUUGCGUUCAUUCAGAUUGUAGGGAUGAUUUUUACCUGCUGCUUGUAUCAAAGUUUGAAAGAAGAAAUAUACUGAAGAAGAUACUUAUUCACACCAAUACCAAAUAAGCCUUCCUGCUGUCUGCAUUACUGUCUGCUACUGUUUGGUUGUAUGUUGUGUGUCAUGAAUACGUCUCAAUAAUGCAGGAUGACAGGUCAAUAUGUCUUGACUGCAGGACAGUCCUUCUGGAAAGUGAACUUAGUUUGCUUUGUUUUAAGCAAAGAUUUUUAAAAGCAGUGUGUUUGAAUUUUGAUGUCAAAUGAAAUCAGUGGAAUUGUUUCAUCUGAUUUCUGUUAGUUUUGCUCUCACAGUGCCUUCAAAUACAUACAGAAUACAUACAGUCUGCCAUUGAUUAUUAAACAUUAGAUAAUUAUUGGCACCCUUUCAGCAUUAAAAUGAGUUGUAAUCUUUAUUGACAGACAUUAAUUUUU